GACAGCACACAGGUGCCACCUCACAAUAGUCUCAGCCUAGAACAGCGAUGACUCACAAAGACUGCUUCUGGUUGCCUGGGUGUCAAGCCACAGCAGCCUCGCUGAUGAGCUGCGGAAGGCUGACAGUCCCACUGAAGACCAGAAACUCGUGUGGCUGGGAGACAGCCCUAUGGACAGGAGCUAAGUCAGAGGGGAGCCGCUGCUCGGAGCACAGGCGGGGAGAGGAAGAGCCAACAUGAUUCACCUGAAGCUGUCGAUGGACAGGGCCAUAGCUGAGGCCAAGGAGAGGAAGGCCCGGGUGCUGGAGGCCGUGAGGAAGACGGAGAGCAGAGGCACAGGCCAGGGCCUGGACGUUAGGGAGCCGCCCUUCAGGGCCUCCAAGUCUCUAGCUCUCUCCAUCUCCAGCACCUCCUCCAUCUCUCUCACCCCCUCCCCUGCCCUCACUCCCUCCCUCGCUGCCCUCCCUCCCUCCCUCCUUGUCCUCCCUCCCUCCUUAGAGACCCUCCCUCCCUCCCUCACUCCUCCCCUCACUCCCCCCAUCUCCCGCACUCUCUUCAUCUCCAGUUCUCCCUCCAUCCCCUGCUCACACACCCCCUCAGUGACCAGAGUGCCCUCGGUGACCGACUCAGGAUGGCAAGCUCUCAGCGCAUCUGAACAACUGGCGUGGGUCAGACACAUCCAAGACCCUCGGAUCGCACCAGGAUUCCAGUCACCACUAGAAAAGAAGAUUGAGCAUUUAGGUGGCCUCCACUGCACAGCAGCAAAGAAACUGCUAGUCAGAGAGUUUCAGCGGGAGAAGGAGUCCCUGCAAAGGCUCAAGGACACGUCCCCUGACUUCCUGUUUGCCAAGGCAGACGACUUCUACUACCAGAAGCGGCGCCGGCAGUGGCUGAAAGCCAUCUGGAAGCGCUACAAGCCGGCCCCCGUCUGUGGGGCCCCUGCAGAGGAUGAGGAAGAGGAGGACGAGGAGGAGGAGGAGGACGAGGAGGAAGGAGAACUGCCACCACCGCCACCACCGAGGCCCAGGAGAGGGGAGGCUGGGCGCUCGGAGUGCCGGAUCCCUGAGAGGGAGCUGCGCCAGAUCCAGAGGCACAUCGACCGGGUGGAGCGGGCCCGAGGCCUCCGAGAUGGCAGGCACCGACGGUGGGUCCUGCGGGGCAGGGACAUUGCCAGCAGGGUGUUGGCCGCCCAGAGGGAAGUGGUCGCCGAUGAGCCCCUGGAGCCCAGAAGCAAUAAGCAGCAGGCCGUGCGGGUGUCGGAGCAGAUCAGGGGCCACCAGGACCGGAUGCUGCGGGGCCGCAGGCUCAGUGAGCAGAAGAGGGCGGAGGAAGCGGCCCGCAGGAUACCCAGCCAGGUCCUGCCCCUGCGCACACAGCCCAGGGGGAAAAGGACCUCCAAGGAGGUGGCCAAGGAGUUCGAGUGGGUCACCACCUAUCCCAUCAUUCAGCCUUCCACGUCGGCGCUGAUCAAGGUGGCAAACCUCGUGGAGAAGUCCCCUGUGGGGGAGCCCGUGAGGAGGCCCCCUGAGAGGAGAAUGUUCCUGAGUGUCCCGCCCUUCAUGAGGAGCCAGUUGGUCAAGUUACGGUCCUAGUCCAAAACGGUCAUAUUCUUAAAAUAAAGUUUGAGUUAGUUUA